AUGGAAGAAAGCAAAGAAGAAGCAGAGGCAGCACUGCAAAAGAAGUACUCGUCAAUCGUGGAACAGCUCAACAAACGCCACCAAUCCCGUUCAGACAAUAACAACGAGUCGGAAUCAUCUUCAUCCCCUGCCUUCGAGUCCACAUCAUCCUUCCUCACCCGAUUCUCGAACCUCAAAUCCUCCAUCGAAUCCCAACUCACUCACUCACAUUCCGUCUCCUCUUCCGACCCAUCGCAGCUCAAACCCCAAUUUGAGCAAAUCUCAACAUCAAUCUCCCAUUUGGAGAAGCUUGUUGCAGAAAAUUCCUACUUCCUUCCCUCCUACGACGUUCGAUCCUCCCUCAAAACCAUCGCCGAUUUGACACACACCCUAGAAACCCUCAUCUCCCAGUUUUUCCCUAAGAAGAAGUUCUCCUUCAAGAACAAGGCUGCCACUAAGAAAGACACUACCAACAACAACACUCCCCUACCACUCAAUCGCGGCUCCCCGGGGUUCAGGAACAAAUCCGGUGAGCUUUUGGUGGGUGAUUUUAGGGGAUUGGAGGUUGGCAAAUUCACGGUGUCUGAUCUCAAUUCCUGCGAGGUUAGGAUAAUUGGUUGUGUGAGGAUGCUCUUCGUUCACAGGUUGAAGGAUUCUAGGGUUUACGUUGAGCCCGUGAUGGGUUCAGUCUAUAUCGAGGACGUUGAGGGCUGCGUUUUUGCCAUCGCAUCACAUCAGAUUCGGAUCCAUGCUGCAACAAGGAGCGAUUUUUACCUGAGAGUUAAGAGCAGGCCCAUAAUCGAGGACAGUAAUGAGGUGAGGUUUGUGUCGUACUACUUGCGCUACGAAGGGAUCAAAGAGGAUCUUUGUGGUGCUGGUCUUGAUGCAGAAACUAGGAAUUGGGGGAAUGUGGACGAUUUCAAGUGGUUGAGGGCAGUGUAG